AUGCGGUCGCGAGACUUCCGCGGGCUUCUGCAUAACUAUGUCGACGAAAUCGCGGAUCCCCAGCACAAGAAGGAACAGGAGGAUUACUUGCUGCAACUGGAGGAGCAGGGAGACACGCCGAAAGGCUGCGUUCUCUUGAGACCAGAAGUCGGCUGCUGCGUGAAGACUGAUCUCGUUUACCCUAAUGGCGUGUACCAGAAGUGCUUCAUCAACGUAUGCUACUCGCCGUGGAUCCAAGACUUUACACUCGAGCAGCGCGAUGGCGGCGCCGCAGUGAACCUUCCGUACAGCAUCGCGGCGCCGCGGCCAGACAAAGACAAACACGGCAACGCAUGCCUCACAUUUGAUGUGUGCGUGAGCACAAAUACCUUCGGACAAUGCCACAGACAGCCGGCGCUUUUGCGCAUCCUCAUCGAGAGCUGCACCGAAAGAGUCAACGCAUGCUUUCUCAAAGGCGGCGAGCGGAUUCAUCCAGACUUCCAAGUUCUUCGAAAACUACGGUGCAAAGGCGACCUGCCGGGCCUAACGUCGAUCCGAGAGGACCUGCUCUGCGACAAGGAGGCCUUCUGGCGGCAGCGGCGGAGGGAGCUCGAGGCGCGCCGCGUGAAGAGGCAGGAGGCUGGCGAAGCCCCCGAAGACGCCGUCACGCCGAAAGACCUGCGGAAGCUAGCGAAAAAAGCCAAAGUGAAGAGCCGCGUCGUCGGGCAGAGACAAAUCUCAGACCAGGAAAGGGGGGGCUGUGGCGGGGCGACAGGAUGUGCGGCGCCGGAUGCCGACUCCGAGGUCCCCCAUGGAGCGUCGCCCGCGCGCCAGAGUGAGAAAGACGACGAUAACGACAGUAUCCAGAGCGAACUGCAUGCGAAGCUGAAGAAAGAAGAAGAGUUGAAGCCCGGAGAGUUCCGAAUCAUCCACCAAGGAACCGUCGAUCUAUCCGAGCUCUUUGGCGAGCAGUCCAUGCUGCCUAUGCACAAAACAAUUCCAGAGAAUCUGCGAGUGGAAAUCCACGUCGGCGCCUCCGUGGCCUCGAGCGCAGAACUCAAUGUAGCGGUCUCCGAGGAUAACCGCGUGGUAUCGAUUCACUGCAAACAAACCAAAGCGGAGAUUCAGACCGUGUCGCUGCCUUUCGCGGUGGACUCUGCCUGCGGCCGCGCGCAGUUCUUUCCCGAGACGCACCGCCUGCAACUGACGCUGCCUGUGCUGCGCGCGGCGCUGCGCGCGCAGGGCGCAAGGGAGACGCCGUCAGCGAGCGACGAGGCCACCAGCCGCGAGGCCGCGCCCUGCGGCGAGUCUCCACGCGGCGACGCAGCCCCGCUGAGCUCUGCUGAGGACGUGCGCGAGGCGGUGGCCGCGGCUGAGGAGCUCUCGCGUGCGCAGAAGGAGCGGCAGCGUGAGGAGGAGCUGCGGCCUCCAGCUCUGAGCCGCGCCGCGGAAGAGAGCCCCGAGACGAGCGCGGACCCUCAGAGGAAUGGCGACAGCGAGAAGGGGCGCUGUGACAGCCCGUGUCUGCGGGCGCCAGCAGGCGGCCUGCGGAAGUCGGCGCUGCACUCAGUCGAGGCUGGAGGCGACUUCCAGCCGCGAGACGCAAACGGCGAGCCGCACCAGCCCAGCACUCUCUGCCUCCGCGAAGAGCUCCUUGCACAAGACGGAAGGGGCGGGGGAAGGGGGCGAAACUCUCUCGCUCGCGGCGGCCUGCUAGAAGUAUCGGAUCCCGAGUUCAGCCGCAUCGCGCAGAGGGUUGCAGCAGCCGAGGUCUCCAAGACUCCCGCAGAGACUCUCCACACCGCGCGCGCAGCCCCGCUUGCCGCUAAGUGUCAAGGGCUGGUCCCCGGGGCUCGACGCCCUCCUGCUGCGGGAGGCGCGUCCUCUCAGCCGCAGCGACUGGAGUUUGAGAAGGUGCUUCUGGUGCGAGAAAACGCAGAAGACGCACGCGACGCCUUCGAGGUCGAGACCGCGACCCCCUGCUUCGUGGAGUGCGUCGACACGGCACAGCCUCUUGGAGGCGACGCGGCUGGGGCAAACGAACCGCGGGCGCGUUCGCGUCCGCAUUCGCGCUCGCCGCAGACUGAGGGUGAGACCGCGCGCGUUCUCCGCGCAGCCGCUCCUCCCCCUGAGGAUGGCCGCUUCAGGAACGCCGCGCGGGGGGACGCGGACGACGACGCAGUCGAGCUGGCGCAGCCGGAGGUCAUCGAGACGCAACAGAAUCUGCUGUUGCGCUUCGCGCUCCCUCCUGCAUGCGUCGCCUUCAACCCGAGGGACAGCAAGAUUGAAGUGCACCAGCGCGAUAUUUCGAUUCGCUUUCGCCUUCAACGUACGUGGGCGGAGGGAGCCGGCGCGGCAGAGCAGCAGACGGCGCGAUGCACUUCGGGCGCAUCCUCCAACACUGCAGGUCUGUCAGGGCAUUGCCCGCGCGCGUCUCCUCCGCUCUCUCCGCGCGGAGAUGCAGCGAUUCCCUCUGGCCGUCUCUGGGCGUGCUGGAAGGGAGAGGCCCUCGACGCCUUGGAUGAGCUUCAACACAGAUUGUUCCUAAGCACAGGCGACGACGCGCUGCAGCCCCGCGUCACGACUGGAGAGGCAGAGGAGGCGCCCGCAACUCUUCUUCAAAGCCCCGCGCAGAAAGGAGGCACAGGAGACGAGGGGGGGGGACAUCAAGAGCCCGAGGGAGAGCGCGCCACAGGCGAGGCUGCCGCGUCUGACAGGGCACUGGAUGAACGCGAGCGAGAGACCGGGGAGACAGCUGCAUCGCUCGUCUCGCCUCCUCCGACAGGCGGGGAGGGAGAAUCCUCCACGCCUUGUGUCUCGCGAGAGACAAAGGGAAAGGAGGCUGAGAGUGCUUUUUCUUCAGCAGCAGUCGAGGCGGACGCGGUCGACCCGCAGCCUCCGAAGUCCGACGGAGGGGGCGCUGCGGCCUGCGAAGAAAACGAGCUGAGGAACGAACUAGAAAGCGCCGACCGCGAGAGAAAAGGCCCGGACGGCCAAGGUCCGGCGUGCCUCUCACCGCAGACAGAGGCAUCUCCCUCGGCAACAUCUCUCUCGGCAACAUCUCCCUCGUCGCCUCUGUCGACUGAGGCGCAAGUUGAAGCAGAAAAGUCUGAAAGACGGCAGGACGCGGCCAAGCUCGCGUCGUCAUGCGUCGCUCACGUCGUCCUGCGGAAAAAGAGGCGCGGCUUGUGGGGGGUGGCUCCAGGUCAGGCGCUUGUGUGGAGCGCACGCCCACCUCUUCUUCUCGGUGAAGCUCCGUGCAGCCACGCUGCUGCGGCGGAGGCCGAUGGAGGGCCUCCGGAGUUGCCCAACCCUCUUCAGCCUCGCCGCGCGAACCAACCGAUGAAAGAGUGCAGCGGCGGAGAGAAGCAGGGAGGGAGGGUGGCGGACGCCCGUCCAGCGAGAGUCCUCUGCAGCUCAAUCGGCGAGGCGGAGGAGGGCGCAGAGCCGCGCCCGUCUGCCAAGGAAGCGCCGCGAGGCGAAGGCGAAAAAACGGGAAAAGACGCAGGAAAAGCGCGAGGAGGCAGGCGGAAGGUACGCAUCAUAUCUGACUCCGAUGAUGAGGAGGCAGAGGAGGGCGACAGGCUCGCGAGUGAAGAGGAGAGAGAUGCGCGCACAGAGGAGAAGGAGGCGAGGGGCGUCGCGAUCGCAGCGAGGAAGGUCGAGGUGACGGCAGAGAAGGUAAGUCACGAAACCAAAGCAGCGAACGCAACGUCAGGAUGCCGGCGCACAGAAUCGCUGUGCUCUCUCGAAAGCGCUGCCGAUGAAGUGGAAGGCGGAGAGACUCAUAAAACUCAACGCCGCCUCGCUGAAGCAGAGAAGGCGCAAAGGAGGCAAGCCAGCGGGGCGCCCGUCGACGCGCCAGAAGGCCGCAAAGAGACACAGAGCGAAGGCACAAGAGAGCGAAGAGAAAUAGAAGAAAUUAGAGGGCCUGCACUCGAUCUCGACGAGGAGGAACUCGACCCCAAGCGAGCGGCCUCCGUCGUUGGCCGGCUGCUCCUGCUGGGGAGCUCCCUCUGGCAAGAAAUCUGA